AUGACUUCAACGUCGGAAAUACCAGCGGAAAUACUUGCUGGAGUGAAGCAAGCGCUGGGUAAAAACUAUGAACAUGGCCCGAUUAAACUAGUCAAGAUGAAUAAAGGCACUGAGCAGGAGGACAGAGUUUUGAACCAACUCAACCAAGCACUCACUCAAUACAGAACCUAUGUGCUACUCUGUGCAGCAAGGACAAGGGUGGAGUUUAAAUUCAAUCACCUUCAGAUUGAUUCAUUGGAGAGCAAUAAACCACUCAAGCUGAAGUUUGGUUUUCCAAAGGAGAGAGACCGAGACAAAUCUCUGAGCUUUACCAUGAAGUCUAUCAACGACACUCUCGAUGUCAUAGAAUUCAUUCUCAAAUCUCUGCAAAGAGUCUUCCCUCUCAUAAGCAUGGAUAAACUGAUCAGAGAGAUGAACAUGGAGCCACCGGAGCGUCAAAGUCACAUCGAGGCGCGGCUCAAUCGUUCAUCGAUGGUGGAGCAGGGACCGUGCGGAGGUUUUAGUCACAUGUAUAGGUUUAUGUGUGAUUAUUUUGAUUUGCCUUAUCUUGCUGAAGUUGCCUGGGAUGUGGAUACUAUAUAUCUCUCUCAAGAUUGUAAAGAGUUGAGGAUUAAUGACUUUGAUGAUCUAGAACCAAAACACAUGUUGCCUAUCAUAGCAGUACUAAACUACAACACCUGGUUUACACAUCUCACAGUUGUCAACUACAAACUGACCUCUGAAGCCUUGAAGGAGAUCCCUAAGGUUAUCCGCUCAUCACAUACUCUUGAAAGUCUUACUCUAGAUGGGGUUGGGUUGAAAUGGGAUUUCUUGCAAGAGAUGAGCAUCUCUCUGACGGCGAACAGCCAGUCCAACCUCCGUAGUAUCAACCUCUCCAACAAUCCCGUCGAUGAUAGGGGGAUACGUCAUCUAUGUGGCCCUCUGCAGAAGAUGACCCAUGGUCUGGUGGAACUUAGACUGGUCAAGACUGGCAUGACAGCAGAAGGUGCAUCUCAUCUUGGGAAGGCUCUUGGAGAAAACAACUUCAUUCCUACAACUCUAAAGGUCUUGGAUCUAUCAGGAAAUGCAUUCAAGGAUGCUCAGCAUGGGCUUCAGAACAUUAUUGGCAACAUCUCCCGCAAUGCCAAACCGUGGCCAGAUCCCUCCAUACACAACCUGUACAACUUCCUGUACCAGUCCAAUGCCAUCACCCACCUGAACCUAGCCGACACGGAUUGUUCUCUGAAUCACAUCUUUGAAGCCCUUCACAAAGGAUGCUUCCUCAGCCUUGUUCAUCUUAACCUGUCAGGAACAUUUGCUCACAGCAAACAUCAUUCAGUAGUGCCAAGACAAGUGAAGAACUUCUUCACCGCAGCUAAAAGCCUCAAGACUAUAAACCUCUCCAGGAAUAGAUGCCCUCCAACACUAGUCAAAGAGAUCUUAGAAACCAUUGGUUUCAAUAAGGACUUGAAUAGACUGGAGAUUGAUCUGAGCAGUAAUGAGCUUGGUCAAGAAGGGGCAGAUGCCGUCAGCAGCUGUAUCUCGAUGCUCAACAAUGUCACAACACUCAAUCUCCGUGAUAACGGCUUCAACGUUGCCAUGGUAUCAUUGGUUGCCUGGAUGGGACAGAACCAUUCCUUAGAGUGUGUUGACCUCAGUCAAAACAUGAGUCCCAGCAGCAAGAAAGCCGAUAGAGAGAAGGUAGUUGUUGCUCUGGAAGAAAUGAUCCAAAACCCAGACCUGCCUCUGCACACCAUCCUCCUAGCUGGCAACAGGUUCCGUCUGGAGACGCAGCAAUUGAUCAAUGCUUUAGGCAGUAACACCACUCUGCUCUCAGUUGAUCUCAGUGGCAAUGAAAUGAAAGACAUUGGGGCACGACUGCUUGCCAAAGCCCUCCAGAUCAACAACAAGCUCCAGACAGUGGUCAUUGACAACAACAACAUUGGCCUUCAAGGUUUCCAGGACCUUGCUCAAGCCUUGGAGAGGAACUACACCUUGAAGAGGAUGCCGAUCCCGACCACGGAUAUGAUGGCAGUGAUGCAGAAGAAUCACGAGAAGCAUGAGAAGACGGAAGCAGCCAUCCAGAAGAUCCAGGAAUGUCUUCAGAGGAACCACAGUCCAAGGAAAUUCUCCAACAAACAGGCAUUCCUCCUACAACGGGGCUUCCUCUAUACGACAGCUCACCAGAUGGUUGACAAGUUGGUUGUCCACAUAGAAGACAUGGCUACAGAACUCACCCAGAAAUCAGAUGCAGAACUGCAAGAGAAGAUCAGCACAGCCAGAGGUCUCAUCGAUGAUGCCAACAACUCUAAAAAGAUAUAUGAUGUUCUUCAGCACGUAGUUGGACGAUCAGAUGACGAGGAUUUGACUGAGAAACUAAGAGAGAUUGCUUGCCAUAUAGAAUCAGAAAUGGAAGCGCGCCUAGAGGUAAGAUGGAUGUGUGCAUUGUAUGAAAAUAUAUAUUUGAAUUGCCAUUUAAUUUUCAAAGUCUUUACUACAUUAUUGUUUCUGUGCAUACUAGAUUCAGCCACUGUUCCAUGUAUUGCCGUACACAUUCUCCCCUCCCUGGGUAGUAUGCAUCUAGUUGCCUAAGCACACACAUUCCCAGCAAACAAAUUAAAUUUUGGAAGUUCCCAUUGAUCUUGCCUUCUUGAAAUUCUGGUCUUAUCCCUUUAACUUCUUACAAUGUCAUCAUUUUUCCUGUGACUGAAUUCUCAGUUCCACAUAUUAGAUUUCAUGUUCUCCACUCCCUGGGGAGCAUUCCUAUAAAUUGUCUUUGCAUGCACAUUUUCGUUGACACAUAGGAAGCUCCUAUUUGUUAAGCUGUGAAUGAGAACAUGAUUCAGAUUCUGUUCCAUAAUAGCAUUGCAAAUUCUCUACUCCCUUGGGAGUAUUUGUUACCCGUUGCCUAUACAUACAUAUCUUGUAUAUGGUAGACACAAGUCCAUUCGUGUGAGCCUCUCUUGAGCCUGCUGUGAAUGAGAGUCUGAUUCAGUUGCAGUUCCAUAUAUAUGGCAUUGCCAAUUCUCCACUCCUUGGGGAGUAUUUUUAACCCAUUGUCUCUGCAUGCAAAUCUUGUUGACACAAAGCUGUUCUGCUGUGAAUGACAGCAAGAUAUUCUGGUGUGCCCCCCUCUAUGUGUGACUCAUUGGCAUGAUUAGUAAGACUGUAUGAGUAGAUGUGUACUGUGUAGAAAGCUCACAGUCGUUUCUGUUCCCUGUACUUGCAUGUUGUGUUUGGAUUCUUAAGAAGGAUUUACUCCAUAAAGUAAGUUUUACUGUUUUUUUGUUUCUUAUUUAUUUUUGACAAUUCAUUUUGAUUUAAAUGUUCUCUGCAAAGGUUCAUUGCUUUGCAGUUGAUAACUUGCUUCACUGGUUUACAAUCAGUUGAGUAAAAUAUUCUAUUUUGAAUGAUAACUAAUUGUUUAGAUCCGUUUAGUGUUAGUUGUAAUUCCAUUUUGUUUCACUCCUAGAAAAUGAUUGCUUGCAUUUCAUGCUGUUCUGUGUGUUAUUUCUUUUAGGUUUAGCUACAUUGUGACGAGUGUUGUUAAUGAUUUUUUUGUAGUUUUCAUUGAAUUACUUUUAUUUUGAAAAAAAGUUGUUGCAUUGCAGCAUUGCAUUCUUCUUUUUUUCAUACUUCCAAGAAAGCAAUUUUUUGCAUGAUUCAAGUUUUAAACUGAAAUGAGUAGAAUUUGUUGUUUUCAGUGUAGAUCCAAACACAAAGCUUUUAAAAACACAUGUGCACUGCAAACUUAGAGCUAAUGCGCAACACUUCUAUAUUGAACAUUGUUAGCUCAAGUCCUGAAUAGUUCCCGCUCCUUUAUCCAGACUUUUGAUCAUGUAGUCUUACAACAUAUACUCAAGAUAAUGAUAUCAUAUUAGUCAAAUUUUCAACAUUCACAUCACAUUUAGUAAUGAGCAAAAUAAUCAGAUUGUGUCUGAAUAUUCAUUUCCUACUGAAAUUCAAAUGGCCAACAUGUAUACAGGUAAUUUACACCAAAUGUGUGUGUGUGAAAGAAAUAAACCCUUUUGGCAGAUUUUUAGUGUGUUUGUUCAGAGAAAAUCAGUAUUUCAUUUUCUGAUGUGAGCAGAUAUCAAUGAACAGUAAUGCAAAUUGAAGGUGUGAAAAUCUACACUUGCUCUUUAAAUCACUUUGAUAAAAGGGAACUUCUGUUGGACAGGCCCAUCCAACAUUGAAUAGUCAGAUUGCAAAAGAGAUUUGUUUUUUAAUGGAAAUAGUAGAGGUGAUUAUAGCAUGACAAAUUUUCGAUCGAAUGUCAUAUUUUAAUUCAUAGAAAAUGUCCAUGAACUUUAUUGCCUCAUCAUAUUAGAUACUUGUAUGUUUACGUUCAGCACCUGCUGUGCACAAUGGUUAGGUCCAUGUAAAAUAGAGAGAGAGAGAGAGAGAGAGCGAGAUGAGUGUGUUUGAGAUUGACAUGCCUUGAUACGUGGUUUAAUUAAAACAGGAAGUAUCGGAGAGGUGGAAUGAGUAAUGGUGUGAUAGAUCAGAAGGAAUUCACCUCAAGACAGCCCCCAGACUUUGGGGAAUUAUCUUUAAAGGGAUAGAAUACCCAGAGGAUUCUUCCCUUUUUUAACGAUUUUGUACACAUAGCCUCUAGAUCCGCGGAUGAGAUGUGCCACAGUGAUGUUGAAUGUAUUCCGUUAAAAAAAAUCCUAGUGUUUAAAGGGAUGGUCUAGGCUGAAAAUCUAUCUAAAUAAAUAAGAGUAAAAUUCACAGAGCAAAAUGCUGAAAAUUUCAUCAAAAUCGGAUAAGAAAUAACAAAGUUAUUGAAUUUUAAAGUUUAUUUAAUAUUUUGUGAAAACAAUUACAUGCACAUCAUCAUGAAUAUUCAUUAGGUGGGCUGAUGAUGUCAUAUCCUCACUUUCCUUUUUGUUAUGUUAUUACAUGAAAUCAUAAUUGUUUCAUUUUUUCAUACAUGUGUUAACAAAUUUCAUCAACAAAUGUUGAUGAAAUUCUUACCCGAAAGGCUUUGUCUGCAAGCAAUGAACAGGGUUGCAUCAAUCAUGUAAAGUGAACACAUGGGAGAUUGACUAAUUAAGCUAUUUCACACAUUUUCCAUUGAUCCCAGCCCUCACUGUAUAUGCGGGGUAAGUCUCCAACAGAAACAAAAUGUGCAAAAUCUGAUGGAGAAACAAGAAAGUGAUAAAGUGAUGAUUUGGUUAAUUGAAUUAAUUUCUGCACUGUUUCAUGAAACCCUGGCAUUGCUUAAUCUAGACUGCAUGUGAAUAGUUUAUAUUCCCUUUUGUUUCUAAUUUAACUUGAUAUAAUGGUGUGAUGAGCUCAUUUUCCAUAUAAAUCAGAAGUAAUGUAAGUAAAUAUUUUAACUGUUUCGACAUGUUAAUGAAGAAUCCUGAAUUACUAUCAUGAAAAAUAAACUGAUUCAACUCAUGGAGCAAUAAAUUAGUGAGUCUGGAAAUUGAAUAGAUUAAGAUAAAAUACAUGUCAUUAUUUGUGACCUAUAACCUUUGAACUAGUGUGUUGACUCUCUAUCAUCUAUGAGACAUUGGUUGUUGACCUGACCUCCAUUGUGAGUAUCUGCACAGCUGGACACUAUUUUUAUGCUUACUGUCAUAUAUGAUACAUUACGGAGCAUUGACAUGUUGACUUGGGUGCAAGGUCAGAAAUCUAUACAAAUUUAGUCAAAGACCCACUGGUGUGUUGUUGGAGCCUUUUUCUGAAAGAAUCAAGUAUAUUUAGGACAUUUUGUUGAUAUUCUGUAACUGGUUUUUUUUUAUAAUCUAUUGUUGCCAAUUAAGAAUUUUAAUCAGUCUACACAUACAUGUAUCUUACCUACUUUAAUGUUUCUAUUUUUACUCUUUUUUUUGGUUUGCUUUCCAAAUGUAUUGGGAGUAUGAUUUACUGUCAAUAACUGGGAUAUAUUCAUUUGAUUUGCUAGUUCAUUACGAUUAACUUGCAUGCCGAAUAAAAGUACACAAUUUUUCCUGGUCGUGCGCAGCAUUUCCCUACGCACGCACUAUCCCAAGAUCAUCACGCAAAUUGGCGUCCAUUUCCUCUUUUACUUUCGCCUGACGCCGUGAUCAGACGUUUGCUAAGUACACUCCCAUUUUGCAUUAUAAAGUGUCCUUUUUGGCAUAUUUAUCUUUGCAUUUAUUCCUUAUUUCAAUCCUUUGCCUUUCGGCUUUAGAUUGAUUUCCUUUUAUAUCUCUCUGCGGAGCCUUCGUGUUAUUAUAACACGUUUUCUUCAAAUAAACAUUGUGAGUUCCGAACCGUCAGAUUCGUUUUCUCACAGACGGGUUGCCUCCGCUUCCCUUCCCCGCAGCUCCGCGCGCUCCUGCGUGCCGCGGGCAUUGGUCCAACGCUUCCUUUUUCUUUAUAAUUCUUGACUUGCUCCUUUUACCUCGUCUUGAAUUUAAUUGAUUUUAUUCCCCUCUCCUCAGCUUAGGCUAUGUUGGACAGUUAGGAGCGUCGUCCUUUGUUUGUUUUCAAACUUGUUUUCAACUUUAAUUGUUGUUCAUGUUUUGAGUUGGUUGAUUGUUCGUUUUGUGUUUCAAUCAAUCUUUUGUUCUUUGAUUAAUUAAUUGUUUAAUUAUUAAUUAAUUUUGAUAAAAUUUUUUUGUAUUGAAAUUUUUUUUAUAGACUUAUUGUCUUAAAAAAAAAAAUUCUCUUAAAUUUUUAGGAAAGCCCUCCUCUUCUUUUAAUUAGCGUUCUUUGUUUUCGCUAAUUAGUUUUCGGCUUUCCAAUUUAAGGAAAGUAAGUUUUUUACUUCUUCCUUUCAGAUCAGCUCCUACAUGUAUUACUUGUUGUCUUUUUCGACU